AUGGAUGUCGCAUCGCUCUUCAACGUCAAGGACAAAAACAUCCUCGUAACAGGCGGCGCGAAAGGAAUAGGCUACAUGAUCUCAGAAGGCUACGUCACAAACGGCGCAACAGUCUACAUCUCCUCCCGCGACGCAAAAGCCUGCUCCGCCUCCGCCGCCGCCCUCACCGCCAAAGGUCCGGGCAGGUGCCACGCCAUCCCCGCCGACCUCCAGAAGCUAGACGACUGCAAGCGCCUCGUCGACGAGCUCGCCAAGCAGACGGGCGGGCGACUCCACGUCCUCGUGAACAACUCGGGCGCGGCGUGGGGCGACGCCUUCGAAACGUACCCGGACGCCGCCUGGACCAAACUCCUCACCCUGAACCUCCAGCGCGUCUUCACGCUCACGCAGCUCGCCGCGCCCCUCCUCGAGGCCGCUUCCGGCGGCGCGGGCGACCCGUCGCGCAUCAUAAACAUCGGCAGCGUAGACGGCCUCCGCGUGCCCCUGAUCUCCUCGUACGCCUACAGCGCGAGCAAAGCCGGCCUCCACCACCUCUCGCGCGCGCUCGCCAGGGAACUGGGGCCCAGGGGCAUCACGAGCAACACCCUGGCCUGCGGGCCGUUCGAGAGCAAGAUGAUGGCGGCCACGCUCGAGACGAUGCGCGAUACCAUCGAGGAGGAGAUCCCGAUGCGGAGGAUCGGGACGCCGCAGGAUGUCGCGGGCGCGUGUCUGUUCUUGAGCGGGCGGGCGGGCGCGUUCGUGACCGGGGCGACGAUUACUGUUGAUGGUGGGAUUGUGUUGGCUUCCAAGUUGUGA